CUCCCCGACGUCUUCCGUAUCGAUGGCAGUGUGAUCCCCCACAUCAUCGGCCCGGUGCUAACGGUGACGGUAUUUGCGGCUGUUGUCGCGGCGGUGGACCAGCAUACGAAAUUGGACAUCAGGCUGAGCAACAAUGUCGUCCCCUUGCUGAGCGUUGUCGUUGGUUUGAUCCUCGUCUUCCGGAUAUGCAGAACGUCUUAUGACCGGUAUUAUGAGGGAAGGAAGGACUUCGCGUCUCUAACGUCGCAGACCCGAAAUCUGGCUCGGUCAAUCUGGGUCAACAUCGCGUCCCCAUCUCCUGCAGGAGAUGGCAGUGCCAAGUCUUCUGACAAGGUGCGGGCGAAGAUCACCAAGCUGAAGAUCCGCGCUCUCCGGCUGCUCAUCGCCUUCCCUCGCGCGGUGGUGCACCAUCUGCGGCAGGAGAACGGCAGCGACACGACAGAAGAGACUCAGGUGCUCACCGAGCAACUAAAAGCCCGGGCGAAGAUCGACACAUAUAGGAAACGCAGCCGAGAUGGAACCAGCGUCAGUUAUGGGACAGUCAGCGAGGUGACCAGCCCUAUUGGUGGGAAGGAGAACCCCUCGAGGAGCCGGAGCACCGAUUCGACCAUCACGGCUGGGAAGGCAGUCAGCCAGGAAACACCAUUGAUGGUAGACGUGGAUGUCGAGCGUCAGGACGAAGUCGAAAUCCAGAUUGAUGAGCAUCAGUUCAUUCCGAAUAUGCCCUUGGCCAUUGCUCAUGAGCUUACGCGCAUGAUCUGGAAGUUCAAGCGUGCAGGCAUGCUUGAUACCGUCGGACCAGCCGGAACAAACGCGAUGACGGCUUCUAUUCAGGGGAUGGUCGACAUGCUUACUGCUAUGGAGAGGGUGAGCAACACCCCUAUCCCAGCUUCUUACGGCAUCCACCUCAAGCAAUGCGUUACGUUGUACCUGUUCGCACUCCCAUUCACCAUGGUCAAGGAUAUGGGCUACCACAUGGUUCCUAUCGUCACUGUUGUCGCCUUCACUCUUAUGGGCAUUGAGGGUAUCGCCGAUCAGAUCGAGAUGCCAUUCGGGAAGGACAUGGACGAUCUUCCUCUCGGCGAUGGUGCAGAAAAGUAUUGCGAUGAGAUGCAACGGGAUAUCGAGUAUAUCAUGGACUACUUGCCGCAAGGGGACGAGGAAGACGCGUUUAUGCAGGGCAUGCCGCAGCAAGAUGAGGAUGAUGCUGUCGUAUUCUGA